CGAUGAUUGAGUCCAUUAAGCACCGAUUUAGGCAGAUUUAUUCCGGGUGAAUUUUUGGCAGAUUCCAAAGGGGUACCAUCACAGAUUUCGGGCGAUUUAUCCGAAAAUGCCAUUUUCUUUCGAUUCUGGAGGCUACAGAUCACAGAAUCAGGCCUAGGCUAUUCUCCACCGAUAAUGAAGUUUAUUGAUCCUAUUCUCUGGGGAUGAUAAGUCAGUUAAGCAUCAAUUUGGGGGAAAAAAAUUUCUGAUGGCAUUUUCGUAAUUUCUUGAGCGGCGAAAGGCCAUUUUCUUUGGAUAUUGAAUGCUACAGAUCACGGAUUCGCCCUGAGGCUAUUCUCCAACGAUGAUUGAGUCCAUUAAGCACCGAUUUGGGCAGAUUUAUUCCGGGUGAAUUUUUGGCAGAUUCCAAAGGGGUACCAUCACAGAUUUCGGGCGAUUUAUCCGAAAUGCCAUUUUCUUUCGAUUCUGGAGGCUACAGAUCACGGAAUCAGGCCUAGGCUAUUCUCUACCGAUAAUGAAGUCUAUUGAUCCUAUUCUCUAGGGAUGAUAAGUCCGUUAAGCAUCAAUUUGAGCCAAUUUAUUUUCGUAUGACAUUUUCGUAAUUGCUUGGCGACGAAAGGCCAUUUUCUUUGGAUAUUGAAGGCUACAGAUCACGGAUUCCUCCUGAGGCUAUUCUCCAACGAUGAUUGAGUCCAUUAAGCACCGAUUUGGCCAGAUUUAUUCCGGGUGAAUUUUUGGCAGAUUCCAAAGGGGUACAAUCACAUAUUUCGGGCGAUUUAUCCGAAAUGCCAUUUUAUUUCGAUUCUAGAGGCUACAAAUCACGGAAUCAGGCCGAGGCUAUUCUCCACCGAUAAUGAAGUUUAUUGAUCUUAUUCUCUAGGGAUGAUAAGUCCGUUAAGCAUCAAUUUGGGAAAAUUUAUUUUCGGAUGGCAUUUUCAUUAUUUCUUGAGCGACGAAAGGUCAUUUUCUUAGGAUAUUGAAGGCUACAGAUCACGGAUUCGCCCUGAGGCUGUUCUCCAACGAUGAUUGAGUCCAUUAAGCACCGAUUUGGGCAGAUUUAUUCCGUGUCAAUUUUUAGCAGAUUCCAAAGGGGUACAAUCACAUAUUUCGGGCGAUUUAUCCGAAAUGCCAUUUUCUUUCGAUUCUGGAGGCUACAGAUCACGGAAUCAGGCCGAGGCUAUUCUCCACCGAUAAUGAAGUUUAUUGAUCUUAUUCUCUAGGGAUGAUAAGUCCGUUAAGCAUCAAUUUGGGAAAAUUUAUUUUCGGAUGGCAUUUUCAUUAUUUCUUGAGCGACGAAAGGUCAUUUUCUUAGGAUAUUGAAGGCUACAGAUCACGGAUUCCUCCUGAGGCUAUUCUCCAACGAUGAUUGAGUCCAUUAAGCACCGAUUUGGGCAGAUUUAUUCCGGGUGAAUUUUUGGCAGAUUCCAAAGGGGUACAAUCACAUAUUUCGGGCGAUUUAUCCGAAAUGCCAUUUUCUUUCGAUUCUGGAGGCUACAGAUCACGGAAUCAGGCCGAGGCUAUUCUCCAACGAUAAUGAAGUUUAUUGAUCCUAUUCUCUAGGGAUGAUAAGUCCGUUAAGCAUCAAUUUUGGGGGAAAAAAAUUCGGAUGGCAUUUUCGUAAUUUCUUGAGCGACGAAAGGCCAUUUUCUUUGGAUAUUGAAGGCUACAGAUCACGGAUUCGCCCUGAGGCUAUUUUCCAACGAUGAUUGAGUCCAUUAAGCACCGAUUUAGGCAGAUUUAUUCCGGGUGAAUUUUUGGCAGAUUCCAAAGGUGUACCAUCACAGAUUUCGGGCGAUUUAUCCGAAAAUGCCAUUUUCUUUCGAUUCUGGAGGCUACAGAUCACAGAAUCAGGCCUAGGCUAUUCUCCACCGAUAAUGAAGUCUAUUGAUCCUAUUCUCUAGGGAUGAUAAGUCCGUUAAGCAUCAAUUUGGGCCAAUUUAUUUUCGUAUGACAUUUUCGUAAUUGCUUGGCGACGAAAGGCCAUUUUCUUUGGAUAUUGAAGGCUACAGAUCACGGAUUCUGCCUGAGGCUAUUCUCCAACGAUGAUUGAGUCCAUUAAGCACCGAUUUGGGCGGAUUUAUUCCGGGUGAAUUUUUGGCAAAUUCCAAAGGGGUACCAUCACAGAUUUCGGGCGAUUUAUCCGAAAUGCCAUUUUCUUUCGAUUCUGGAGGCUACAGAUCACGGAAUCAAGCCGAGGCUAUUCUCCACCGAUAAUGAAGUCUAUUGAUCAUAUUCUCCACGGAUGAUAAGUCCGUUAAGCAUCAAUUUUGGCCAAUUUAUUUUUGGAUGGCAUUUUCGUAAUUUCUUGAGCGACGAAAGGCCAUUUUCUUUGGAUAUUGAAGGCUACAGAUCACGGAUUCGCCCUGAGGCUAUUCUCCAACGAUGAUUGAGUCCAUUAAGCACCGAUUUGGGCAGAUUUAUUCCGGGUUAAUUUUUGGCAGAUUCCAAAGGGGUACCAUCACAGAUUUCGGGCGAUUUAUCCGAAAUGCCAUUUUCUUUCGAUUCUAGAGGCUACAGAUCACGGAAUCAGGCCUAGGCUAUUCUCCACCGAUAAUGAAGUUAAUUGAUCCUAUUCUCUAGGGAUGAUAAGUCCGUUAAGCAUCAUUUUGGGAAAAUAUAUUUUCGGAUGGCAUUUUCAUAAUUUCUUGAGCGUUGAAAGGCCAUUUUCUUUUGAAAAUGAAGGCUACAGAUCACGGAUUCGCCCUGAGGCUAUUCUCCAACGAUGUUUGAGUCCAUUAAGCACCGAUUUGGGCAGAUUUAUUCUGGGUGAAUUUUUGGCAGAUUCCAAAGGGGUAACAUCAAAGAUUUUGGACGAUUUAUCCGAAAAUGCCAUUUUCUUUCGAUUCUGGAGGCUACUGAUCACGGAAUUAAGCCGAGGCUAUUCUCCACCGAUAAUGAAGUCUAUUGAUCCUAUUCUCCAAGGAUGAUAAGUCCGUUAAGCAUCAAUUUGGGCCAAUUUAUUUUCUGAUGGCAUUUUCGUAAUUUCUUGAGCGACGAAAGGCCAUUUUCUUUGGAUAUUGAAGGCUACAGAUCACGGAUUCGCCCUGAGGCUAUUCUCCAACGAUGAUUGAGUCCAUUAAGCACCGAUUUGGGCAGAUUUAUUCCGGGUGAAUUUUUGGCAAAUUCCAAAGGGGUACCAUCAUAGAUUUCGGGCGAUUUAUCCGAAAUGCCAUUUUCUUUCGAUUCUGGAGGCUACAGAUCACGGAAUCAAGCCGAGGCUAUUCUCCACCGAUAAUGAAGUCUAUUGAUCCUAUUCUCCACGGAUGAUAAGUCCGUUAAGCAUCAAUUUGGGCCAAUUUAUUUUUUGAUGGCAUUUUCGUAAUUUCUUGAGCGACGAAAGGCCAUUUUCUUUCGAUAUUGAAGGCUACAGAUCACGGAUUCGCCCUGAGCCUAUUCUCCAACGAUGAUUGAGUCCAUUAAGCACCGAUUUGGGCAGAUUUAUUCCGGGUGAAUUUUUGGCAGAUUCCAAAGGGGAAUCACAGAUUUCGGGCGAUUUAUCCGAAAUGCCAUUUUCUUUCGAUUCUGGAGGCUACGGAUCACGGAAUCAGGCCGAGGCUAUUCUCCACCGAUAAUGAAGUUAAUUGAUCCUAUUCUCUAGGGAUGAUAAGUCCGUUAAGCAUCAUUUUGGGAAAAUAUAUUUUCGGAUGGCAUUUUCGUAAUUUCUUGAGCGUUGAAAUGCCAUUUUCUUUGGAUAUUGAAGGCUACAGAUCACGGAUUCGCCCUGAGGCUAUUCUCCAACGAUGUUUGAGUCCAUUAAGAACCGAUUUGGGCAGAUUUAUUCCGGGUGAAUUUUUGGCAGAUUCCAAAGGGGUACCAUCACAGAUUUCGCGCGAUGUAUCCGAAAAUGCCAUUUUCUUUCGAUUCUGGAGGCUACAGAUCACGGAAUCAGGCCUAGGCUAUUCUCCACCGAUAAUGAUGUUUAUUGAUCCUAUUCUCUAGGGAUGAUAAGUCCGUUAAGAAACAAUUUGGGAAAAUUUAUUUUCGGAUGGCAUUUUCGUAAUUUCUUGAGCGACGAAAGACCAUUUUCUUUGGAUAUUGAAUGCUACAGAUUACGGAUUCGCCCUGAGGCUAUUCUCCAACGAUGAUUGUGUCCAUUAAGCACCGAUUUGGGCAGAUUUAUUCCGGUGAAUUUUUGGCAGAUUCCAAAGGUGUAACAUCACAGAUUUUGGGCGAUUUAUCCGAAAUGCCAUUUUCUUUCGAUUCUGGAGGCUACUGAUCACGGAAUCAGGCCGAGGCUAUUCUCCACCGAUAAUGAAAUUUAUUGAUCCUAUUCUCUAGGGAUGACAAGUCCGUUAAUCAUCAAUUUGGGAAAAGUUAUUUUCGGAUGGCAUUUUCGUAUUUUCUUGAGCGACGAAAGGCCAUUUUCUUUGGAUAUUGAAGGCUACAGAUCACGGAUUCGCCCUGAGGCUAUUCUCCAACGAUGAUUGAGUCCAUUAACCACCGAUUUGGGCAGAUUUAUUCCUGGUGAAUUUUUGGCAGAUUCCAAAGGGGUACCAUCACAGAUUUCGGGCGAUUUAUCCGAAAUGCCAUUUUCUUUCUAUUCUGGAGGCUACAGAUCACGGAAUCAGGCCUAGGCGAUUCUCCACCGAUAAUGAAGUCUAUUGAUCCUAUUCUCUAGGGAUGAUAAGUCCGUUAAGCAUCAAUUUGGGCCAAUUUAUUUUCGGAUGGCAUUUUCGUAAUUUCUUGAGCGACGAAAAGCCAUUUUCUUUAGAUAUUGAAGGCUACAGAUCACGGAUUCGCGCUGAGGCUAUUCUCCAACGAUGAUUGAGUCCAUUAAGCACCGAUUUGGGCAGAUUAAUUCCGGGUGAAUUUUUGGCAGAUUCCAAAGGGGUACCAUCACAGAUUUCGGGCGAUUUAUCCGAAAUGCCAUUUUCUUUCGAUUCUGGAGGCUACAGAUUACUGAAUCAGGUCUAGGCUAUUCUGCACCGAUAAUGAAGUCUAUUGAUCCCAUUCUCUAGGGAUGAUAAGUCCGUUAAGCAUCAAUUUGGGCCAAUUUAUUUUCGGAUGGCAUUUUCAUAAUUUCUUGAGCGACGAAAGGCUAUUUUCUUAGGAUAUUGAAGGCUACAGAUCACGGAUUCGCCCUGAGGCUAUUCUCCAACGAUGAUUGAGUACAUUAAGCACCGAUUUGGGCAGAUUUAUUCCUGAUCAAUUUUUGGCAGAUUCCAAAGGGGUACCAUCACAGCUUUCGGGCGAUUUAUCCGAAAUGCCAUUUUCUUUCGAUUCUGGAGGCUACAGAUCACGGAAUCAGGCCCAGGCUAUUUUCCAACGAUAAUGAAGUUUAUUGAUCCUAUUCUCUAGGGAUGAUAAGUCCGUUAAGCAUCAAUUUUGGGGGGGAAAAAUCGGAUGGCAUUUUCGUAAUUUCUUGAGCGACGAAAGGCCAUUUUCUUUGGAUAUUGAAGGCUACAGAUCACGGAUUCGCCCUGAGGCUAUACUCCAACGAUGAUUGAGUCCAUUAAGCACCGAUUUGGGCAGAUUUAUUCCGGGUGAAUUUUUGGCAGAUUCCAAAGGGGUACCAUCACAGAUUUCGGGCGAUUUAUCCGAAAUGCCAUUUUCUUUCGAUUCUGGAGGCUACAGAUCACGGAAUCAGGCCUAGGCUAUUCUCCACCGAUAAUGAAGUCUAUUGAUCCUAUUCUCUAGGGAUGAUAAGUCCGUUAAGCAUCAAUUUGGGCCAAUUUAUUUUCGUAUGACAUUUUCGUAAUUUCUUGGCGACGAAAGGCCAUUUUCUUUGGAUAUUGAAGGCUACAGAUCACGGAUUCCGCCUGAGGCUAUUCUCCAACGAUGAUUGAGUCCAUUAAGCACCGAUUUGGGCGGAUUUAUUUCGGGUCAAUAUUUGGCAGAUUCCAAAGGGGGUACCAUCACAGAUUUAGGGCGAUUUAUCCGAAAUGCCAUUUUCUUUCGAUUCUGGAGGCUACAGAUCACGAAAUCAAGCAGAAGCUAUUCUCCACCGAUAAUGAAGUCUAUUGAUCCUAUUCUCCACGGAUGAUAAGUCCGUUAAGCAUCAAUUUGGGUCAAUUUAUUUUCGGAUGGCAUUUUCGUCAUUUCUUGAGCGACGAAAGGCCAUUUUCUUUGGAUAUUGAAUGCUACAGAUCACGGAUUCGCCCUGAGGCUAUUCUCCAACGAUGAUUGAGUCCAUUAAUCACCGAUUUGGGCAGAUUUAUUCCGGGUGAAUUUUUGGCAGAUUCCAAAGGGGUACCAUCACAGAUUUCGGGCGAUUUAUCCGAAAUGCCAUUUUCUUUCGAUUCUGGAGGCUACAGAUCACGGAAUCAAGCCGAGGCUAUUCUCCACCGAUAAUGAAGUCUAUUGAUCCUAUUCUCCACGGAUGAUAAGUCCGUUAAGCAUCAAUUUGGAAAAAUGUAUUUUCGGAUGACAUUUUCGUAAUUUCUUGAGCGACGAAAGGCCAUUUUCUUUGGAUAUUGAAUACUACAGAUCACGGAUUCGCCCUGAGGCUAUUCUCCAACGAUGAUUGAGUCCAUUAAGCACCGAUUUGGGCAGAUUUAUUCCGGGUUAAUUUUUGGCAGAUUCCAAAGAGAAACCAUCACAGAUUUUGGGCGAUUUUUCCGAAAUGCCAUUUUCUUUCGAUUCUCGAGGCUACAGAUCACGGAAUCAAGCCGAGGCUAUUCUCCACCGAUAAUGAUGUCUAUUGAUCCUAUUCUCCAUGGAUGAUAAGUCCGUUAAGCAUCAAUUUGGGAAAAUUUAUUUUCGGAUGGCAUUUUCGUAUUUUCUUGAGCGACGAAAGGCCAUUUUCUUUGGAUAUUGAAUGCUACAGAUCACGGAUUCGCCCUGAGGCUAUUCUCCAACAAUGAUUGAGUCCAUAAAGCACCGAUUUGAGCAGAUUUAUUCCGGGUGAAUUUUUGGCAGAUUCCAAAGGGGUACCAUCACAGAUUUGGGGCGAUUUAUCCUAAAUGCCAUUUUCUUUCGAUUCUGGAGGCUACAGAUCACGGAAUCAGGUCUAGGCUAUUCUCCACCGAUAAUGAAGUCUAUUGAUCCUAUUCUCUAGGGAUGAUAAGUCCGUUAAGCAUCAAUUUGGGCCAAUUUAUUUUCGUAUGACAUUUUCGUAAUUUCUUGGCGACGAAAGGCCAUUUUCUUUGGAUAUUGAAGGCUACAGAUCACGGAUUCCGCCUGAGGCUAUUCUCCAACGAUGAUUGAGUCCAUUAAGCACCGAUUUGGGCGGAUUUAUUCCGGGUUAAUUUUUGGCAGAUUCCAAAGGGGUACCAUCACAGAUUUCGGGCGAUUUAUCCGAAAUGCCAUUUUCUUUCGAUUCUGGAGGCUACAGAUCACGGAAUCAAGCCGAGGCUAUUCUCCACCGAUAAUGAAGUCUAUUGAUCCUAUUCUCCACGGAUGAUAAGUCCGUUAAGCAUCAAUUUGGGUCAAUUUAUUUUCGGAUGGCAUUUUCGUAAUUUCUUGAGCGACGAAAGGCCAUUUUCUUUGGAUAUUGGAGGCUAUAGAUCAUGGAUUCGCCCUGAGGAUAUUCUCCAAUGAUGAUUGAGUCCAUUAAGCACCGAUUUGGGCGGACAAAUUUCCGGGUGAAUUUUUGGCAUAUUCCAAAGGGGUACCAUCACAGAUUUCGGGCGAUUUAUCAGAAAUGCCAUUUUCUUUCGAUUCUGGAGGCUCCAGAUCACGGAAUCAGGCCGAGGCUAUUCUCCACCGAUAAUGAAGUUUAUUGAUCCUAUUCUCUAGGGAUGAUAAGUCCGUUAAGCAUCAAUUUUGGGGGGAAAAAAUUCGGAUGGCAUUUUCGUAAUUUCUUGAGCGACGAAAGGCCAUUUUCUUUGGAUAUUGAAGGCUACAGAUCACGGAUUCGCCCUGAGGCUAUUCUCCAACGAUGAUUGAGUCCAUUAAGCACCGAUUUGGGAGGAUUUAUUUCUGGUCAAUUUUUGGCAGAUUCCAAAGGGGUACCAUCACAGAUUUCGGGCGAUUUAUCCGAAAAUGCCAUUUUCUUUCGAUUCUGGAGGCUACAUAUCACAAAAUCAGGCCUAGGCUAUUCUCCACCGAUAAUGAAGUUUAUUGAUCCUAUUCUCUUGGGAUGAUAAGUCCGUUAAGCAUCAAUUUGGGAAAAUUUAUUUUCAGAUGGCAUUUUCGUAAUUUCUUGAGCGACGAAAGACCAUUUUCUUUGGAUAUUGAAGGCUACAGAUCACGGAUUCGCCCUGAGGCUAUUCUCCAACGAUGAUUGAGUCCAUUAAGCACCGAUUUGGGCAGAUUUAUUCCGGGUAAAUUUUUGGCAGAUUCCAAAGGGGUACAUCACAGAUUUCGGGCGAUUUAUCCGAAAUGCCAUUUUCUUUCGAUUCUGGAGGCUACAGAUCACGGAAUCAGGCCUAGGCUAUUCUCCACCGAUAAUGAAGUCUAUUGAUCCUA